AUGCAAUCUAUGAUCAGCCACUUAGAAGUUACCCGUGCUUACAAAACACUGCCUAUUUGCAACAAUCUCAUUUAUUCCAAAGAGCUCGCACUCACCCGCCUUCCUCCUCCCUGCCCGGCCCGCGGUGCGUGUGCGCGGCUCUCCCUCACGCUGCCCGGCGGCGGCCGGGUGGGUGGGUGUGCGGGGAAGGAGGCUGAGGGGAGAAGGAGGAGAAGGGUGGGGAGGAAAGGAGAGAGGCGGCGAGGAAAGCGAGGAGAAGCGGGGCGGAGGGGGGGGGGGGGGCAGUGGUGGUGGGUGGGAGAAGGGCAGAAAACCGCAGCGACGCUCCUGAGGCGGGACCUGCGGCGGCGGCGGCCGAGCCGGGCGCUUGGGCGGCUGCUCCGACGACCUUUAAGCGAGAGACGGGCGAUCUCCGAGCUCGGGGCGCUCCGCUGCCAGCCCGGCCACCAUCUUACAUUAGGGAGACUGCCCUGGACGCCGCCUCCCCUGCGCUUGCGCCGCCGACAGUGGGCGGGACCAAAGGCGGGGAAGGCGGAGGGGGAGGAAGGAUGGGGUGCGACGGUAACAACCGCGACGGCGCUGGGCACGGCGGGACUUGUAGGCUGCGGCGGCGGCCCGGGCAGGGCGGGAGGAGGAGGAGGUUGCUGGGCAGUGCCGAGCCGGUGGGGACGGGGCCGGUCCCCUUCCACCGCCCGGUUAAGGCCGGGGACCCCAACCCCUCUCCCCAGACUGGGCCGCCCCAUCGCCCACCGUCCCGGGGAGACGCCGGCCGUUCCAGCCACCUGUUGCCGGCCAUUGAACCUGCUCCCACUAAAUCCGGCGCGGCCCCGGGGUUUCUCACAGCCCGUCCAUCUCCCUCAGGCGCCGGGAGAGCGGGACUCUGCCCCGGCCACCCCCCCCCCCCUCCGGGAGGGGACCCCCGACCCACCUCCCCCCUCACCCCGCCUUUUUCCCUUUUGUCCCUUCCCCCCCCCCCCCCCCCCCCCCCAUCUUCACAGGCGCCAACCGCGAGGACCUGGUGUGACAGGAUUGCUUCGCUGACGAGGACAUCUCUUUCUAAAGUUGCAAAAUUUAGAGACCCCUUCCACGUCCCGUCCGUCCCCGGUUCUCGGGCCGCUGUCCCGCUGGCCCCCACAGGCCUAACUUCAGGGGCCCGAAGCCUCCCCCCACCUGGCCAGCACCCCUCUGUUCCCCGGGCACGGCUGACCCGUGCUGACCCUUUGCUAAACCGAUUUUUGUUAUUACUACUACUACUAGGAUUUUCCGGGUCCGUCCCCCAUUUGGAACAGAAGCCAAAGGCACAGAAAAAGUAUUGAGGAGUCUUUCCCUUAGUGAGAGUCUGUUCAUAUCCCUUUGCUGAGACCUGCGUGAACACAAAUUUCAGCAGCAUCCAUAAUAACGUAGAAAAAAAAAAAUCUACAUGGCUGAAGAUUACUUUGGCUGAUGUUACGGAAGGCUGCCCAUAGACCUGCUUCCACCUCUGCUUUAAUCUGGUCUGAUAACUGAGCGGGACUGUUUCUAAGAAAUCGUUUCCAUAUCUACAAGGAAAAGCUUUCAGAACAUAUUUUCUUGCAUAUAACCAAUGUGUACUAGCUAGAGUAAAAAUGUGUAUCCAUAUGAUUUAUUUAUUGUGGUUCAGCCCCCAUUUCCCCAUGAUUCGUUGCAUACGCACUGUUGUGUAUUCAUUCAUACCGCGUGCUGGGAAGGUGUUCUCCCGAGCAAUGCUCCAUGGUCGUUGUCUUACAGAACAAAUACAGGAACCUACCAGGAUUCUGCAGUUUGGGGUAAAACCAAGCUAUUUUCAGGACUGCUCCGCUGUUAAGCCACUGCCAUUUCAAAUGGCUGCCAAGCUGUAUGGAGGAGAUUGACAGUGGAGUGUCCUGAGAACGGAUUAGAAAGAGGCACGAUGGUGGUGUACCGAUAUGGGCAGAAAAGGAGGAGGUGGAGACUGAGUCAUUCCCAUGCCUGGUUGGGAUGAAGAGUAAUUAUGCUGGGUCUUCAGGAUGGUAAAGUUUGCGAAGCAUCUGUGUAUGGACUGCAGUCUGAAUAUUCGGCAACAAAAAAACCAGUACAGCAGCACCGCUGCAUGUGGACUUGUGUAACCAUUAGUGCCUCGGUGCUUGCCAGCAAUCCAGUUGGCUCGCUGCUCAGUGGAUUGGUGCUGGUCUACCAGAGUGGGCUGGAAAUACAUAUUACAGUGUGUUUCACUGUGCUGGUACUGAGAAAAUACUUCCAUAUUUGGAAAGGUCAUGAUCCUGAGUUGUGCUGGAAGCAGUGGCUGGACAUGUGUGCCUAUAUUGCAGACUGAAAGUCAGGUUUCAUAAAUAGUAAAAAAAAAAAGAUAUUUUUUCAAGCUUCUGCAAAGCCUCAUUGAUUACUAUAGAAAGUUCACAGAUAUUAAUGCAGAAUGAUAUACAGUAGUUGAUGACAGGUUUUUUAGAAAUUCAGCCUUAUUUACUGCAACAAAAAUAUGAAUUACUCCCCAGAUUGCAAUGGAUGUUAAUGAUUUGUCCAUUCCUUUUGUCACUCUGGGAGAUCCAGACGUCUUUCUGCUUCUCUGGCUAAUGAUGCCUUUUACUGGGCAAAUGUGUUGGAGAAAGGAACUGUACAACUGUUCUGAGUAACUGUAGAAUAACAAUGAAGGGCUUUGUUGGGAAAUUGAAGGGCAGGUGGAGGAGCCUUACACUCUGAUCAAUAUUUGCUGCAAGUGGCAGAUGUUCACCAUGUCUUGUUUGAAAUCUGUGAGGGAAGGAGGAGGUGUCUGUCCAUGCUGCUCAGGGAAACAGGAUGAGGGACUUGUCCUGCUCUUUCUUAAAUGAGAGAAUACAGUGGUGAAAAACAAAUGUAUUAUAGCCAAAGAUAUGAAGGAGAUGCAUCUUUGUUAAAGUUUUUGUGUUAUUAGGGGAAAAUGAGAACUUUAGUGGGAUGCUUCAGCCAAUUUUUUCACGAUAAUCUUCACUUACUCAGCAUAACUCUGGCAUGGAGCACCUUAUCUGCUAAGUGCACCUGUCUUUGCAAAUGAAAGCAGAAAUCACUCCUGUUUUCUGGAAGGGGUGCAGUGGGGACCUCCGGGAAGCUACCACUACCCUUUAACAUCAGGGUGCACUUGAGGUAGCGGUAUGAUGUCCACAUAUUCUUCAGAGGUCUGUUUCCUUCUGCACAAUUUAUGGCAAAUCUUCCUGUCUCUUGUUUUCCGUGUCCCAAACUCCUCUGAAUCUAGACACUCGUGUGAAAGUUAACACAAGUUGUCACAAGCAUCCUUCCAGCUCUUUUUUUGCCCUCUGGGUCCUGUGCUGGAAUCGAUUCACAGAAUCCUUGGACUUCUCCUUCCUAUCCUCCUUUUCUUUUUUGAAACAUUUUUUAUGCAUCAAGCAGCUUGCAGGUCUCACGUUCCUCAUCAUAAUGGUGCCUCAGUUGCCAGAGACAAAUUGCAAGUAUUUGUUAUUUCUACACUGAACUCAGCAACAAUGAUAAUAGGUUUCAUUUUUUUUUCUCAAUUUUGGAAUGUCAUUCCCAUCUGUUUUUCUAGCCUGGGCUUCCCUAGGAAAUGGAUGUUCCCAAGGAACCCAGUAGUGUGUAAUAAAAUAAGAUGCCUCCCACUCUACAUCUCCUUUCCAUAGAAAUCCUGUGCUGGUGUUGGAAUGGGAAGGAGGGAAGAAGAUGCUGGGUUAAUGAGAGGUGAAUAGUAACAGGAUUCAAGUUAGCAGUUUUAUGUGCACCUCUGUAGCAAUGUUACCUUGAAGUGUGUUUCCAAGAGGUGAGAAAAAGUCUUAGUGAAAAAGGCAAUGGAUAAAUCAGAAAGAUAUGUAGCAUUCCAUAGAAGGGUACUGAAAUAUAUUCAAUUGCAGAAGCAAGAGAGACACAUCAUGCAGAUCAGCAACCGAGAAGGCUGCACUGCUUUGCUCUGUGCAUAGUAAAAUGGAGCGCAGUCUUUGCCUUAAGAUCUCUUAGAACACACACAGGUCAGCAUCAUGUGCACUGGAAGGGAACAGACUUUAGAACAAUUGGCCUGCAUCCAAGAAUUUUAUAUUGCUAAAGAUUUGAUUAUAAGUGUCUUAUAAUCGCAGCAUUUUGAAAUGUUUAAUUUUGGUAAUUCCUCUCAUAAAAUGUGAAAGGAGCUAAAGAGUGCUGAACAAACUAUGAGCCAAAGUAUAUUUGCUAUUGCUUUUUUUCUGUAUCCGCUGUUGCAAUAAAUACGCUUGCCCUGCAAUCUGUAUUCCCUUUAACUCAUGCGGUGCUGCCAUGUUGUUUGAGUGGCAGGAAGAGUAGCAGCGAGCCCAGAUGUGUAGUCAAGCAGCACAAGGUGGGGACAGAAGAUUGAGUUCUUGUUUCUGGAGCACCACAAUGACCACACUAGGGAAGGUAGUGCCAAACGGAUGGAAAGAGGCCCAUGGUUCAUACAGCUCAUUUCCACCGCUGGUGAUGGCAUCCAGAUACUACCUGGUUUAGAGAUGCAGAGCUACAAUAUAAUACAGGACAUGAUAGGAGUAUUUCCCUCUGCAGCAUUUUCAAGCUGACCACCUAUCUGGAUUUCAAACAGCAUUUUUGUAACCUCAGUCUUUGCAUUUCAAUUUAGCGGUUUGAAAAAAAAGUAUUAGCUCUACAACUCCCAAUUUGAAGUGACAUCAUUUGACAGCUGUGGUAAAUCACCUGGGUAUGUUACAAUACAUGCAUAAAUCUUUCACAGCUCACCCUAUUCUGAACAGUUAGAAGUCCUGGAGGUCCUGCUCACAUCCCUUGUGCUCCUGUAGACCAGCCAGCGUUAUUUUGCUUUAUGGCGGCACUCGUCCAUUUCUCAGGAAUGCAUUUAGUUUGGCCAACACUCACAAAUCCUAAUAUUUGAGGCAGUGUCAUAGAGCUGGGGCUGGACAUGCUACACAAAGCCAGGAGACAGUAUCAGGGAAGGAAAAGAGGUGCUGCUCUAAAAAAAUGUGUGAAUCUUGGGGGGGAACACACACUGGAAUUGCAAAGGAAGCCAUCAGCAUUCAGCGAGAGUGAUAACAUACCUAAUCCAGAUGAUCUUGUAACAGAAAAGGGCACUCAGGGGCCAGACAGCAGAUAAACCUUAUCACAUUAUACAAUGAGGGAAAAUCAUUCAAAAUGGACAGAAUCCUCUCAUGAGCUUGAUGCAGCUCAUAGCUGAAGGCCAUGGGCUGGUGAGCCCGGGUUUCAUUCAUGCAAAAAGAAAGCCCAGCCUCUUUAAAACAAUCUUUGUGAAUGCACUCAAGCCAACUCAUCUAAAAUAUUUGAAGUAAUAUUCCUGUGUAGACAGGACUUCAUUAUGUUACUUGGUAUUGUUUUCAGGGAGUCCUCACCUGCUCUUUAAAGCACAACAUACAUUAUGAGAGAGAAUGAUUGCUCAUUAUUGUGGUAUUCCUUAAUUGCCUUCUGUAUUAGUGUAUUCAAAGGAAUGUAUUUUUUCUCUUCUGCCCUUCUUUGCCUGCAUCUGACAGGACUCAGCAUUUUCCACAGAGCUCAGAAUUGCUUGCAUUCUUAUAAAAAUGCCUCAGCCGUAUGGGAUUUGCUGAGAGGAAAUAAAAAGUACAUGACUUGAGAAAACGCAA